AAUACAAGUAUGUUUUGGACUAUUAUUUACGCGAUCGUCUUGAGUGUCGUUUUAUUGUUAGGAAGAAUAUUGUAUGUCGUGCAAAAUAAAAAUGGAGAGAAAAAGAAGGGAAACUCAAAAUAUGUGAAAACCUUGGUGAUCUUGGGGUCCGGAGGUCACACAACUGAAAUUUUGGAGAUUGUUAAAAAUUUGAAUUUCGAACGAUAUCGCCCGAGGAUAUAUGUUUAUGCCAGUUCUGACAAUAUUAGCUCAAGUAAAAUUAACGAACUAGAAACGAACACCAAGGAUUUUGAGACAAUUAAAAUUUCUCGAAGUAGAGAAGUUGGUCAAUCGUAUGUCACAUCUGUUUGGACCACCAUAAUUUCUUUCAAAGAUUCUGUGCAAGUUGUGUGGCGGGUGAAACCUGAUUUGAUUUUAUGUAAUGGGCCUGGUACCUGCGUGCCUAUUUGUGUCGCUGCGUUUUUGAUGAAACUCAUGUUUCUUUGUAGCACAACAAUUAUAUUUGUUGAAAGUUUUUGCAGAGUAAAAACUUAUUCUUUGAGCGGCAAGAUUCUAUGUUACAUUGCCAAUCAUGUGAUUGUACAGUGGCCACAAUUAUGUAAAUCCACAAAAAAUCAUAUACAUCUAAUUAAAUAGUUGUUUGUUUCUUUUCAAAAAUUCAA